AUGUAUGGACCCGUCAGGGAUGAUGUUAAAUGGGACAAUAUAGAUUUGGACAAUUUAAUGUACCCAAGGGGUGAUAAGCGCAAGCUGUCUAUCCUGGCGCGCGCGUGGCAACAGUACUACGAGUGCUCGGCGCAGCAGGAGGACGCGCUGCCGGCGCCGCGCCUGCUGGCCAACGUCAUCAUCAUGCUGUUCCAGGGCGCCGUCGCCCGACUGCCCUGCGACCUGUGCACCGAGCCCGACAGCGUGGACCGCCUUGUAUGGAUGUACUCCAGGGGCAGUGACGAAAUCAACAUGACAACAUCAAUUGAAGACUUCUCGGAGAUCGAAAGCUAUGACCGGCUGUCGAUGGAAGGUAAGGUGAUGACGAUAUACAACGUGAUGCCAGAGGACGAGGGCGUCUACUGGUGCAGGGAUGGAGACGGCCACGGGGGGCUCGUUAUCGUCGAGGUCGUGGACAACGAGAGCUAUACUGUGGUAAAGCCGACGACCUCCCGGGGCCCGCACCCGGUGGCCGCGGAGGCGUAUGAGGGAGUGAUCCUGUUCACUCAGUGGUCGGAGUGGAGCGAGUGCAGCGUCUGCGACAAGGUUGGCCGGAGACAUCGGUAUGGGAUCUGCUACGUCAAUCUCGACCAGAACCUUAUUGCAGACUACUUACUCGACUCCGAGAAGACGGCGGCCCGAAUCAAGUUAAUGGAACUGGACGAUAAGCUCAUUGAUCUGUUUCAAGGCGGUAUACCGUGUCGCUCGCAGUACUUGCCGCAGACGAUGAAGGCGCUCGACUUCAUACAGGAACGUCCCAGCGAAAUUAUGAUUGCCAUGUUGAUAAUAUAUAAUGUAAGAUGCGAAAAAAACUAUUAUAUUCGUAGGAAAGUAGAAGAACUCGACAAUAGGAGUAAGGAAAUGUAUGGACCCGUCAGGGAUGAUGUUAAAUGGGACAAUAUAGAUUUGGACAAUUUAAUGUACCCAAGGGGUGAUAAGCGCAAGCUGUCUAUCCUGGCGCGCGCGUGGCAACAGUACUACGAGUGCUCGGCGCAGCAGGAGGACGCGCUGCCGGCGCCGCGCCUGCUGGCCAACGUCAUCAUCAUGCUGUUCCAGGGCGCCGUCGCCCGACUGCCCUGCGACCUGUGCACCGAGCCCGACAGCGUGGACCGCCUCGUAUGGAUGUACUCCAGGGGCAGUGACGAAAUCAACAUGACAACAUCAAUUGAAGACUUCUCGGAGAUCGAAAGCUAUGACCGGCUGUCGAUGGAAGGUAAGGUGAUGACGAUAUACAACGUGAUGCCGGAGGACGAGGGCGUCUACUGGUGCAGGGAUGGAGACGGCCAAGGAGGGCUCGUCAUCGUCGAGGUCGUGGACAACGAGAGCUAUACUGUGGUAAAGCCGACGACCUCCCGGGGCCCGCACCCGGUGGCCGCGGAGGCGUAUGAGGGAGUGAUCCUGUUCACUCAGUGGUCGGAGUGGAGCGAGUGCAGCGUCUGCGACAAGGUGGGCCGGAGACAUCGGUACGGGAUCUGCUACGUCAACCUCGACCAGAACCUUAUAGCAGACUACUUACUCGACUCCGAGAAGACGGCGGCCCGAAUCAAGUUAAUGGAACUGGACGAUAAGCUCAUUGAUCUGUUUCAAGCUUUCCCGGGCGGUAUACCGUGUCGGUCGCAGUACUUGCCGCAGACGAUGAAGGCGCUCGACUUCAUACAGGAACGUCCCAGCGAAAUUAUGAUUGCCAUGUGUAAGGUGCCAUGUGCCGAGACAAGCUCACUUCAAAAUCUCGACAGUUUGUUCGACAUAUACCCAGUAAACUACCAACUUCCGAAACAGCCGCCUCCUCCCGUCAGCAAAACUAUAUUCGCUAACUUAGGACAACGGGUCACUCUUCGAUGUCCGGGUACAACGCUGCGCGACGUGCCGGUGCAGUGGCGCGUGGGGGGAGUGGGGGCCGGCGUGGGAGGCGGCGCGCUGGUGGCGCGGCAGGCGUGGGCGGCGGGCCGCGCGCACGUGGCCGCGCGGGGACACCUCGUGCUGCACGCCGCGCUGCUGCACGACCACAACCUCUACAGUUGCUGGCAGCGCGACAAGGUGGCGGGGACGGUGAAGCUGGUCGUCUGCGGCGGCUGGCAGCGACACGCCGCGCUGCUGCUGGCUGUGGCCGCCGCCGCGCUGUUGCUGCGCCUGCCGCGCCCGCGACGCUAG